AUGAGGCGAGGAGUUGAGGGGGAGCCACCCGUGGCAAAACCCUCUCCCUGCAGCGGGGUCUUUGCGGGCGGUGUAGCUGCUGGCGGGGUCUCUGCUGGCGGUGUAGCUGCUAGUGGGGACUCUGCUGGCGGGGGUCUCUGCUGGCGGGGGUCUCUGCUGGCGGGGUCUCUGCUGGCGGGGUCUCUGCUGGCGGGGUCUCUGCUGGCGGGGUCUCUGCUGGUGGGGUCUCUGCUGGCGGGGUCUCUGCUGGCGGGGGUCGCUGCUGGCGGGGGUCUCUGCUGGCGGGGGUCUCUGCUGGCGGGGUCUCCGCUGGCGUUGGUCUCUGCUGGCGUUGGUCUCGGCUGGCGGGGUCUCUGCUGGCGGGGGUCUCUGUUGGCGGGGUGUCUGCUGGUGGGGGUCUCUGCUGGUGGUGUCGCUGCUGGCGGCUGGCGCUGCGCUCCGCCGCCACUCCCUUCCCCUCCUCCCUCUCCCCCCGAAGCGACCGCCGCUGCACCUGCGAACAGUCGCGACGGAGGGGGGUGA